AUGUCUGAAUAUCAUGAUGAGUUUUAAGAGGACCAAUAAAAAUUGAAUGCUUUGAACCUAUCUUGGACAUUGGGAUUUAAUUACAAAAUGGUAAAUGGAGUUCACAACCUCACUAAUGAUUCUCGUAAAGAAAUAUUCUAUGCGACAGCACACACAGGAGUCAUAUUUGAUUAUGGGAAUAAUUAAUAGAGAUUAUUAUAAGGACAUUGUAACAAAAUUUCAUGCACGGCAUAUUGCAAAGAAUUGGACAUAAUUGUAACUGCUGAUGCAGGGCCUGACAGUAUGUUAGUCAUAUGGGAUGCAAAGACAGGAGUACCAAGAAGAACGAUAUUUGAGCCACAUGCUAAUGGUGUUUAAGCAGUGGAUAUUAGUGAGAAUGGCCAAUAUUUGGUAACAUUGUCAAAGGAAGAACCCGAUAAAAUACAAUCUAUAUCGUUUUGGGACUGGUAAUCUCAAGAUCCUCGUCUCAGAACAACAGUCUUAGAUGAUAAAUUAAAGGAUUAUCAAUACUAUGUUACAAUCAAUAAUAAUGCUGAGCAAAAGCAAAAUUAGCAAUAGAUAUUUGAAUUUGCUACGACAGGCAAAAAGAGAGUAGUUUUUUGGAGUUGGGAAUAUGGAGCAGCAGGAUUCGAGUAUUACAGUCCUGAAGUUUAAAAGAAUAAGGUGUUGACCUAGACAGUCUUUAUUCCUAAGAAUAAGAAUGUAGUAACAGGAACAUUGGAUGGAUACAUAAUAGUUUGGGAUGUAUCUCUUAUUAUUGAAGAAUAUGGAUAACCAGAUGAGAGGAGAGUUAUUAAGAUAGUGAAUCUAAUGAAUGUGGCUAAUAAAUCUGAGACAUAAUAGAAGAAAGGAAAUGCUUAGAUUUUAUUAUUAAGAGUCUAAGGAAGGUAUUUAGUAGUUGGAGCAUCUAAUGGAUCUAUAAGAUUUUAUGAUUUCAAAUUCAGAAUUAGAGCAUGGUUUGAAGAUGUUGUGAUUGGAUAGAAUGGUCUAAAUAUUUAAUGCAUAGGAUCGAUUACUAAUUUAUCAUUUGCAAAUGAGAGUGUGUUCUAAGAAGAUUUUGAAACAGAAUCAGAUGAAGAGAAAGACAAGGAUGAGUAAUCCUAGAAGAAGUCAAAACCAUUUCUAUGUUAAGAUUUUAUAGUUGUAGAUGAUAGGGCUAAUGUGAUAUUAUUAAAGUCAUCUUAAUUUUAAGAAAUAGAAAAAGAAAAGAAGAAAGGAACAGUCAUCAUGUCAUCAAUUGUGUCACCUAUUAUCUCCAUAUCUGUUAGACCUAAUGUUCCUGUUGUUGCGUUUAGUUGUGAAGAUAACAAAAUUUAUGAAUGGAAUUUCUAUGAAAAACACAAUAAACUGAAAGAAAUUAAAGAGAAGGGAAGUGAAUUACAAAUAUAAAUCCUGAUGGUAAUUAUUUAGCUGUCUGUUCAAAAAAUGGAAUAGUUCAUAUGUAUGAUUGCAGAGAAGAAAAAUGGCUUAAAAAUCUAUUGGUUUCAGAAACUGACAAAACUAAACCAAAAAUAACCUAUUUAACUUUUAGUAUUGAUUCAAAAUAUUUUGCUACGAUUGAUGAAUCUUAUGCAGUCAGUGUUUUUAAUUUUUGAUUUCGAUCCUAAUAGUCAAUUGAAAUAAUAAAAAGAAUGGAUAUUUGCUGGUAAAUAUAGAGUACAUCAUGGACCAAUCAAAUCAGUUGCCUUUGGUGAAACACUUGAUGAGAAGAACUAAGUUUAAUUAAAGGUGUUCACCAUAGGAGAAGAUAUGAAGUUGGCAGUCUACGAUGUUUUAGAUCCAACUCAAGAUCCAUAUAAUAGAGUUAAAUUAAGAAGUGUAGUAACUAUUGAAUAGGAAUGUUUGCCAUCAGCAUGUAUCUGGUAUCCAAUCAAUCUAUAAAGAGAAGAUGUCUUAUUAACAACAAAUAGUGAAUUCAAAUUAAAAUUAUGGACUGUAUUAAAAGAUCUUCGUAUUAUCUGUAAAAAGACCUGUUUAGGUCCCACAUUUGGUGGACAUAUCAAGAGAUUAUUAUUACUUAAUCCAAGCGAUAUGAAAAAUGAAUACUAAGAUAAAUAUUUGGCAUACUCCACAGGUGAGAAGGUGGUUGGUAUAAUUAAAUUGCCUUUGGAUGGUAAUCCUAAUAAAACUAUGGGUUUGAUUGCACAUCCUGAAAAGAUUGUUGAUUUAUCAUCAACUUAAGAUGGUAAAUUAUUUUUUACUUCUGGUGGUGAUGACUUUGCAAUUAAUAUUUGGAGUGUAGAUUUUGCUGCUUUAGAAGAUAAUUUUUAAACACAAGAAACAGAAUAUGAAAUAUUUUCAAAUUUAUUAGACGGAGGACCUGAAGGACAGACCUUAAGAGAUUUGAAAGACUUCUUUUAUUAUAGUCAGAUCAGAUCAAAGGAUGAACAUACUACUAAGGCUAGAAAAUUAGAUGGUCUAGUACCAUUGACUGCUAUUGCUGAUAUGAUGAGAUCUAUGGGAUACUUCCCAACAAAUUAAGAAAUUGAAAAUAUGAUAAAUGAGAUCAAGUUUUCAAAAUAUCUUGAAACAGGUGAACAAAUUUCAGAAUUGGAAAUUAAUACAUUUCUUAAAUUGUAUGUUAAUCAUAAACCUGUUAAUGGAGUCACUAAAGGUUAAAUAUAUGAUGCAUUAAAGACACUUGCUACUGACACUGGAGUGAUACCUUGGGAUUAAUUUACUGAGUUAUUGAAAACAAAGGGUGAAAAAUUAGAUGAACAAGAAAUUGAAUAUUAUUUGGAAUCAUUGUUGCCAAACAAAAAUUAUCCAUAGCAAUUAAAUUUGAAUAAUCUUUGUGAUGAAUUGCUAGGUUUUGAAGAUAUGGAUGGUACUUAAGAAUAAUAGGAGUAAUAAGAAGAAGUUUAAGAUGUUGGUUCUGAAGAUGAAUAGUAGUGA